AUGAAACUCGAUGCGACAGACCUGCGCUAUAUCACCACGGAUGAAUUCCGAGUCCUUACCGCGGUAGAAAUGGGCUCGAAGAACCACGAGGUGGUGCCCACCCCCCUGAUCGUGCAGAUCUCUGGCCUGCGCAAUGGAGGCGUGAACAAGAACCUCGGCUCCCUGGCGAAGCGCAACCUUGUCGCACGCGUGCAGAAUGCUCGAUAUGAUGGAUACAGGCUGACGUAUGGCGGGUACGACUACCUGGCCAUGCGGGCGCUGUCGAAGCGGGACUCGAUGUUCUCGGUCGGGAACCAAAUAGGAGUGGGCAAGGAGUCCGAUAUUUACAUUGUCGCCGAUGCUGAAGGCAAUGAGAUGGUGCUGAAGUUGCAUCGCCUUGGCCGCGUGUCCUUCCGCGCCAUCAAAGAAAAGCGAGAUUACAUGGGCAAGCGGAAAUCAGCGUCUUGGAUGUACAUGUCCCGAUUGGCGGCAGAGAAGGAGUGGGCCUUCAUGAAGGUCUUACACGAACACGGCUUCCCGGUGCCAAAACCCGUCGACCACGCCCGACAUUGCAUCCUUAUGGAAUUUAUAGAUGCCUACCCUCUACGCCAAGUCGCCGAACUCCCCUCUCCUGGCAAGUUGUACUCUGACCUGAUGGACCUCAUCGUCCGCUUUGCGCGCGCAGGUCUGAUCCACGGAGACUUCAACGAGUUCAACAUCCUGAUUCGCCGAGAAUCGGGCGAGCCCAUCGUGAUCGACUUUCCCCAAAUGAUCAGCACAUCCCAUUUCAAUGCAGAGACGUAUUUCAACCGCGAUGUGCAAUGCAUACGCAAGUUUUUCCGCAAGAGAUUCCGGUAUGAGAGCAGCGUUUAUCCGCGGUUCUCGAGCACGAAGACCAUCACGGCCAAAUCGGAGGACAGCGAGGACUUCCGGCUGGAUAUUGUCGUGUCGGCCAGUGGGUUCAAGCAACGCGACCAGGAAGUAUUGGAAGAGUAUAUGAACCACGUCUUAGGGGGAGGAUCUGACCGAGAAGACGAGGAGGAAGAAGAGGAGAGCGACGACGACGACGACGACGAAGAGGAUGGCACAGAG